AUGCCGCCCCGCUCGCGGGCCGUCCUCGCCUACGAGGAGGCUGCGCCCGCGCCUGGCGGCUCCCGCGCCGCGCCGGCUCCUCGGCUGGCCUUCGACGCGGUGGCGCGGCUGCCCGAGCCGCACGACAACUGCGCCAUCGCGAGGCAGGACCUGCCGCGAGGCACGGCGCUGACGCAGCUUCCGAGCGGCGGCUCGGAGCUCACGCUCUCGGUCGCGGUGCUGGAGGGCCACCGCUUUGCGCUCGUCCCGAUCGCGGCCGGAGCGCUGCUCCUCUCGUGGGGCGAGCCGUUUGGCAAGGCGCUCGCGCCCAUUGCGCCGGGCGAGUGGGUGCGGAACGCCAAGGCCCUCCACGAGUUGCGCCGGCGCGCGGUGGACUCGGCGCACGGCGCGCACGCCAACUUUGUCGACUUUACCAAGCAGCCGACGCUGACGCGCGACGGGUUCGCGCCGGGCGUGCGGCGCCCGCUCCGCCCGCAGCUCGCGCCCGGCUUUGACGGCUUCGUGAGGCCGCGGGCGACGACGCGGUACGGCGAGCGGUGCGUCGGGCCCGGGCUGCACGUGAUGGAGGCGCACGACGCGAGUGGCAAGCGGCCGAUGAGUUGGGUCGAGACGACGGUGGGCCUCUGCGGCGCCGGACUGCACGCGGUCGUGGCGUGGCGGCCCGCCGUGUGCGGCGCCGUCACGGGCCACCCGAUGGUGCCGGUGCUCUCGGUGCAGCUCGACGACGCCGGCGUGGCGGCCGACGUGCUGCUGCCGGCGGCGCGGCCGCACGAGUGGCUGCGGGUGCUGCUCGGCCAGCUGGCGGCCGUCGCCGGCGGCGAGCUCACGCCGAUCGCGCUGCGCUCCGGCAACGUCGACUUUCAGAUCCCGCGCGACGCGAGCGCCUGCGACAUGCUUUCGGCAGAGACGGUGAAUUCGGUUCCCGACAUGCUGAGCGCGGCCGAAGCUGCCCUGGAGGAGGGCCGCGAGCUGCCAGAGGUGGCGCGGCUCCUCUUUUCGCUCAUCUCGGCGCCCCAGACUCGCGGCUCAGCGCUCGACCGCGGAGGCGUCGGAACGCGUAUGCUGGCGGCGCUGUGCAAGCUCGCAGCGCUGACCGUGGCGACGCAAGCGCGGGCGCAGGCCGUGGCGCUCUCCGCGCUCGAUUUGGUGCUGCGGCCGGACGAUGAGGGCGGGAGUCUGAGCUACGUCACGGACGACCCCGUCGCCACACACACGACCGCCGUGGUCCGCGCGCUCGGCAAGGCGUGCGCCCCGCCGUCGCCACCGGCAGCCUCGGAGCUGGCCGUCAGCCUGCUGCGGCGUCUCGCGGGUGCGCAGCCCGAAGUGCUGCGCGCUUCGGCAGACGCUUGGCUCCCUCAAGCAGUGGAGCUCGCCCUUGCCACCGGACACAUGGCAGAUGCGCUGGGACCAGACCCGACGCCACCGGCAGACGGCGGCGGCGGCGGGAGUGGUGGGAACGGCAAGGAUGCAGGCGGGAGUGGUGGGAGCGGCAACGAUGUGGCCGUCAGCGAUGCGGACGGCGACGGUGCGGACGGCAGCAGCAGCAGAGCGGGUGGCGAGGCCCGGCAGCGGUGCGAGUCGGCGGUGGAGCUCUUGGGCAGCGUGCUCCCGUGGCCGGAGCACGCGCACGCGAUGCCGCUCUCGCUAUGCUGGGCGGUUUGGGCG